AUGACGCCGACAUGUCGACUUCCGGCGGACUCACAUCUCCUAACAUACGAUGAGCUGCCGUACCAGCGCUUCUUGCAAGACCACUUGAUUCCCAACACGCCGUUCCUCCUCUCGCCCGCAGCGACGGCGCGCUGGGGCGCGCGGAGGGAUUGGGCUCGCCCGCGCAUCUCCGAGCGGGAGAGUGAACUGUUAGCGAGCUUACCGGAGGAGGAGAUGAGCGUGUUGCUAGCCGACGUCACGCCGCGCUCUUCCCAACCUUCCCGCGCCCAACCACCGUCCCUUCCCAACUUCUCUGCUCUCGCCGCUUAUGGCGACCAAGUCGUCCCCGUGGCGGACACGGCGCAGCGCCAAUACUCGGAGUUUGCACGCGACGAGCGGCCUCUUUGCGAGGUGCUGCAGUUGUGGGAGAAGGGCGAGGGGCGCACCCUAUACGUCAAGGACUGGCACUUGGUCGCUGAGCUCGGGGGCGGGCGCGAGGCGAGCGGGGUGUACAGACCCCCGGACUGCUUCUUAGACGACUGGCUUUCGCCGCCUUUCGAUGCCCCUUCCGCACCUUCCUCCACCACCUCCGCAUCCACCGCCGACUUCCGCUUCGUGUACAUUGGCCCGGCAGGCACAUUCACUCCUCUCCAUAGUGAUGUGUACGGCUCGUACAGCUGGAGCGCGAAUGUUGUUGGACGCAAGUUGUGGUGGCUCUUUCCGCCUGGCACUGAGCCGCGCGACCAGUACGGCGAACUUCAGUUUGACGUCCGCGAUGCGAAGACCCUCAAGGUGGUCCAGGAGGAAGGCGAGGUCAUUUUUGUCCCGAGUGGAUGGCAUCACCAGGUACUGAACCUCGAUUUCUGUAUCUCCAUCAAUCACAACUUCUUUUCGUCACCUACUCUACCACGAGUUUACGCCGCCCUGCGCGCCAACCACGGCCGAUGUGCAGAAGGCAUCGCAGAUGUUAUGUCCGACAUCAAAACGCGGCUCGGGGACGCUGUCCUUCCUGAUGGCAGGAAGGCUUGGGAGGCGGAGUGGGCGGAGGAGGUCGAUGGGCUGCUUGCGCGAGAUGCGGGGUGGGGGUGGAAGGGGUUCUGGGCGUGUGUACGGAACAACCUGGAGAACCCUCCCACGGAACCAGGACUGCGACCGGGGAAUAGCGAUGUCGCGGGCUUUGUUCGAGCUGUGCUUGAACUUUACAAGGCAAGCGCAGAGUGGCGGCUUCUGCCCACCGCGCAGGCGCUGGUCAGCGACGUCGAGGAGCUACUCGACAAGUGUGGUGCGGCCUAG